ACGGCCCGGGACCGCCCCGCUCGGAGCCUGGGCGGAGUCAGCGCCGGCGGCGAUAGACGAGCUGGGCGGGAGUGUGCAGCCGGCAGCCGGAGGGACCGCGCCUGCCGCCGCCGGAGCCGGGAGCCGGGGAGCCGCCGAUCGAGUCAUGUGGCUGGAAAUUCUGCUCACCUCCGUGCUGGGCUUUGUUAUCUACUGGUUCGUCUCCAGGGACAAGGAGGAAACUUUGCCGCUUGAAGAUGGGUGGUGGGGGCCUGGGUCGAGGCCCACGGGCCGGGAGGAUGAGAGCAUCCGUCCUUUCAAGGUGGAAACGUCAGAUGAGGAGAUCAACGACUUACACCAGAGGAUCGACAAGGCCCGUUUGACCCCGCCGUUGGAGGACAGCCGCUUCCACUACGGUUUCAACUCCAACUAUCUGAAGCAAAUCGUCUCCUACUGGCGGAAUGAAUUUGACUGGAAGAAACAGGUGGAGAUUCUCAACAGAUACCCCCACUUCAAGACCAAGAUUGAAGGGCUGGACAUCCACUUCAUCCACGUGAAGCCCCCGCAGCUGCCCUCUGGCCGCACCCCAAAGCCCUUGCUGAUGGUGCACGGCUGGCCCGGCUCCUUCUACGAGUUUUAUAAGAUCAUCCCGUUCCUCACUGACCCCAAGAGCCACGGCCUGGGCGACGAGCAUGUUUUUGAAGUCAUCUGCCCUUGCAUUCCUGGCUACGGCUUCUCAGAGGCGUCCUCCAAGAAGGGCUUUAACACCGUGGCCACUGCCAGGAUCUUCUAUAAGCUGAUGCUGCGGCUGGGCUUCCAGGAAUUCUAUGUUCAAGGAGGGGACUGGGGGGCCUUGAUCUGCACCAACAUAGCCCAGCUGGUGCCCAGCCACGUGAAAGGCCUGCACUUGAACAUGGCUUUCGUUUUAAGAAGUUUCUACACCCUGACCCUUCCCCUGGGACGGCAUUUCGCGGGGCUUUUCGGCUACACCCACAAGGAUGUGGAGCUGAUGUACCCCUUCAAGGAGAAGAUAUUCUACAGCCUAAUGAGGGAGAGCGGCUACAUGCACAUCCAGGCCACCAAGCCCGACACCGUGGGCUGCGCUCUCAAUGACUCUCCCGUGGGACUGGCCGCCUAUAUUCUAGAGAAGUUUUCCACCUGGACCAAGUCGGAGUUCCGAGACCUGGAGGAUGGAGGCCUGGAGAGGAAGUUCUCCCUGGAUGACCUGCUGACCAACAUCAUGCUCUACUGGACAACGGGCAGCAUCACCUCCUCCCAGCGCUUCUACAAGGAGAACCUGGGACAGGGCUACAUGGCCCACAAGCACGAGCGGAUGAAGGUCUAUGUGCCCACCGGCUUUGCUGCCUUCCCGUGUGAGCUGUUGCACGCCCCGGAAAACUGGGUGAAGUUCAAGUACCCGAAACUGAUCUCGUAUUCCUACAUGCCCCGUGGGGGCCAUUUCGCCGCCUUCGAGGAGCCACAGCUGCUGGCUCAGGACAUCCGCAAGUUCGUCGGGCUGCUGGAGCGGCAGUGACGCCCGCGUGGCAGGUCCCUCGCCGACCCCUGCCGCUUCAGCUGGAUGCCCCCAUUCUCCCAGGGCCUGCUCCCCGAGGGAGUGGGGCUGCCAAGGGGGCGGCCUCCCAGUUUUCUCUCGGUGCAGAGGCCCUUUUUCUGAGAAUGAGUUUGCUUCUGUUCCCUGCCCACGCUGGCACCCCGUGCUCACUGCCUGCACGCGCACUCGCCCACCCCACCCCCAACACACACGUGUUAAGCAACGUGGCUUUGACGAUAAAUGAUUUUACUUCCAAAA